AUGUCGCAUACUGAAGGCAAUAGUAAUAAUAAUGGUAACAUUACAUUUCAAUGCCUGCUAUGCAUUCCGAAAAUAAAAAUGAUCUCUACCUCAACAACUUCUAAUUCUAAUUUAAGAAGCCAUAUUAAACAUAUUCAUCCUAGUCAAUUGUCUGAAUUUAAUAUGUGUGGGAAAAAAAGGCCUUAUAUUGAUAAUAACCUUGUAACAAGGAAACAGUUAAAACUAGAUGAAGUGGGAAAAAUUACAAAAAAACUAAGCCAAACAGAAUUUGACAAAGCCAAUAUUGAAUUAAUUGUGAGCACAGUAUCGCCCUUUUCUUUAAUAGAGCAUCCAGCGUUGAUUAAAUAUUGUAAGCUGACAUCCAACAAAAUUCUAGCAUCCCGAAGAAAUUUUAUGCGAGAAAUUAUAACCGAAUAUAAUGAUAUGAUUGUAUUUUUGAAAGAAGAACUGUCCAAAAUUAAUUAUGUGUGCAUCACUGCAGAUUGUUGGUCCAUAUUUCGCAAGUCUUACAUGGGGUUCACAGUACACUGGUUGAACCCAACAACAUUAGAGCGUGUAUCAAAAGGACUUGCAUGUAGGAGAAUGUAUGGAAAACACUAUUAUGACAAUUUAGCUGAAAUGAUUGACAAAGUAUUAUCAGAGUUCAAUAUUCAGAAUAAGACAACUCUCAUUGUGACUGAUAAUGCAGCAAACUUUGUCAAAGCUUUCAGGUGUUUAUUUAUUAUUUGUUAUUAA